UCUUCCGGGUCAAAGGUCGGUAGCUGCGUGAUCGCGGCUUUGCGUUGCGCGGUUCCCCUAAAACAACGGCGACGACGACGAACAUUGACCUCUGCGGCUCAGCACCGAUGACAAUAGCGACAACAGCAGCGGGGGACCUGGAGUCAUGGAGGAGCCCAGGGCAGAUGCAGGGAAAGCGCAGGUGGGAGAGCUGGAGGCUGGGGUGAGGGGCCUUGGCUUGGCCGAGGCGAACAAGAGACGACGGGCACUCAGACUGCGCGUGAUCACAUGGAACGUGGGAACGGCUGAGCCCCCCGAAGAGGCAGACGCUCUGCUCGCCCUGGACCAGGAGGGCCCCCCACCACAUCUCUACAUCAUAGGGCUGCAGGAGCUGAGUGCACGUGUGGACUUGUUUCUUCGGGACUCUCUCGUCGAUGACCCCUGGAGCUGCUUCCUGAUGGACUUGCUGGCUCCGCGCGGAUACGUGCGGCGCGAGUCGGUGCGUCUGCAGGGACUGCUGCUGCUCGUGUUCGUGCAGAGCUCCCUGCUGCCGCUCGUGAGGGAUGUACACACGGCGUACACGCGUACGGGCCUCGGGGGCUACUGGGGCAACAAGGGCGGCGUGAGCGUGCGCGUGUCGCUCUGCGGCCUCUCCUUCUGCUUCGUCAACUGCCACCUCCCGCCGCACGAGGGCGGCCACCUGCAGCGCCUCGAUGCUCUGGAGCGGAUCUUGGACGAGCAGCGCUACCCCGCGGUGGCACCGGCGAUGACGCCGGUGGAGAACGACGCCAACGGGAGCGGCGGGGACGGCGGCGGCAGGGACGCGGCUGGCCGAGACGGGAACGGGGCCGGCCUCGCGAUACUGGAGCACGACGUCGUGCUCUGCCUGGGCGACCUCAACUUCCGCAUCGCCGACCACGGCCUUCGCUUCACGCGCGACUCCAUCGACAACGGCCGCCUCCACCUCCUGUGGGGCAAGGACGAGCUGAACAUAUCCAAGGCUAACGAGGCGUUCUUGCGCGACUUUCAAGAGGGGCCGCUCUCCUUCCCCCCCACGUACAAGUUCGACCAGGGGACCAACACCUACGACACCAGCGGCAAGCAGCGCAAACCCGCGUGGACCGACCGCGUGCUGUGGCGGGUCAGGGGUGACUCCCGCAACGCCCCGGGGCCAGAGGGCGAGGGGAGGGGGGCGGGCGCCGUUGAGGACCGGGGCGACGGCGCGGCCGCCCCCUCGGCCCGAGUGAAGCUGCUCUCCUACACGAGUCACAUGGACUGCAACGUCAGCGACCACAAACCCGUCGCCGCCGAGUUCCUGAUCCAGCUGGAGGGAGAGGUGGACGCCGAGGCCCCGGUGAGCGUGGAGGCGAUCGGGGAGUGGAGCGCAGCGCGGGAUGCCAAGCUCUCGCUCCAUGUGCAGCCGGGCUUUCCCACAAACCCCUGGGACUGGAUCGGGCUCUAUGCUGUCGGCUGGCGUCACCCCAAGGACUACGUGUCGUACGUGUGGGCCCGCGACGAGGAACUCUGGAGCCUCUGCGAUGACCGGCUGGUUCGCUUCGACUCGGAGCUGAUUCCACGCGAUGGUGGCGAGCAUGUGCUCGCGUUCUACAGCCGCAAGCACGGCAUUGUGGGAAUCAGCCGCCCCUUCACGGUCUCCACUGCUCCCUUCUCCCCCCCCGACAGUCCCCCCCGCACCCCCACUGAGGACCGCUCCUCUUGGGGGAACGACUUCUGAUGGCGCUCCUCGUUAACGGCUCCACUGACGAAGGGGCGGGAGAUGACGAGGUGGGGGGAACGGUCAUCGUCGGUGAAGUAUGGGGAUCGAUGGUGAAUCUACCGGUCUCCUCCGCAUCACAGGCCCGCACCUCCCUCCCCUCAUCGCCCCGCCUCGUGAGCGACCAUCCCACGUGCUUGAUUGGAACCCGCGGUUGAACUUCGCUGCGGUUGCUACGCAGCUGCACUUUAGAUCCAUAUUGGGGGAGGGGGGGGGCUUUGCGUGCGGUGCUGUGUGUGUAAUGUGCUGUGUGUGUGUGCUGUGUGUGUGUGCUGUGUGUGUAAUGUGCUGUGUGUGUGUGUGCUGUGUAAUGUGCUGUGUGUGUGUGAUGUGUGUGUGUGUAAUGUGCUGUGUGUGUGCUGUGUGUGUGUGAUGUGUUGUGUGUGUGCUGUGUGUGCUGUGUGUGUGCUGUGUGUGUGCUGUGUGUGCUGUGUGUGUGCUGUGUGUGCUGUGUGUGUGCUGUGUGUGCUGUGUGUGUGAUGUGUGUGCUGUGUGAUGUGUGUUGUGGUGUGCUGUGUGUGUGCUGUGUAGGUGUGUGUGCUGUGUAGGUGUGUGUGCUGUGUAGGUGUGUGUGCUGUGUAGGUGUGUGUGCUGUGUAGGUGUGUGUGCUGUGUAGGUGUGUGUGCUGUGUAGGUGUGUGUGCUGUGUAGGUGUGUGUGCUGUG